AAAGUCAAAUUGGUAGAACCCUUUUCCUCUUCCUCUUCUCAAAUCGCAAACCCAAUAUUCCAAUUUAAACCUCACCAUUCAAAAUCUUAUCUCCAACCAACAGGAUCAGGAAAAACCCUUUCACUUUCAUUCCUUUUUAACCUUUAUUGAUCCAAAAAUGCACAACCUUUACCUGACUAAAAAGUUGUUCUUAUAUCAUUAGGUUGUACAUUUCAUUUGGAAUCUCAAAUAACUAAUAAACAAACAAACAAAAGAUGGGUUUUUCUUGCAUUUCUUCUCAUUCCCAGUACACACUCAGCUUUGGCUGUGGAUGGAUUGAACGGUGACAGUAAAGUAAGAGGUGUGAAUUUAGGUGGAUGUUUAGUUCUUGAAGGAUGGAUUAAACCCUCACUGUUUGAUGGCAUUCCCAAUGGAGAUAUGCUUGAUGGAACACAGGUUCAGUUCAAAUCCGUGAGCUCAAAUAAGUAUGUGAGUGCACAGGAUGGAGGAGGUCAAAAUGUCAAUGUAGAUAGAGAUGUUCCUUCGUCCUGGGAAACAUUCAGAGGGCAUCCGUCACUGCAACAUCAGAGUCACCAUCUUCAACAGAAACAUUUCACAUUGAAAGGAAUAACAAUAACAGAGUUCAUAUUAAACUUUCCAGCGGGACAUAUCUGCAGGCAUCUUCUAGAAAUGAGCUCACAGCAGACUAUCCAGGGGUCCCAGGAUGGGAUGAUAAUGCGGCCACAUUCGAAAUGGCAAUUGUGGCUAAUACCUUGCACGGGGAUUACCAGCUUGCCAAUGGAUAUGGACAUGAUAAGGCGAAAGAAGUGCUUAGUGGCAUAUAACAUGAAAUGCAUUAUCAACCUCCAUGCAGCUCCCGGUUCCCAAAAUGGGAUGGAGCAUAGUUCUAGUCGAGAUGGUUCUACUGAUUGGCCAACAUCUCAAGCAUACAUCUCGCAAAGCCUUGAUGUUAUAGAAUUCCUAGCUUCCAGGUACGGAAACCAUCCUGCUCUAUUGGGAAUUGAACUUUUGAAUGAACCAUCUGCUUCUGGCAUUUCUCUUGAUAUCUUAGUGUCCUACUACUCAAAGGGAUACCAAAUAGUGAGAAACCAUUCAUCUACAGCUUAUGUAAUAAUAUGUCAGAGGAUUGGCAAUGCAGACCCUCUUGAGCUCUAUCAUGCCAACAUUGGUUAUUCAAACGUUGUGGUGGAUUUGCACUACUAUAAUCUUUUUGACGAUUUCUUCUCUAAUUUGAGCACAUCGGAGAAUAUUCAGUUCAUACAUAAAAGCAGGCAGACUCAAGUGGAAUCACUAAAUGCUGCUAAUGGACCACUGGUGUUUAUUGGGGAGUGGGUGAAUGAAUGGAGCGUAGCCAAUGGGUCUCAGAUGGAUUAUCAAGAAUUCGGUAGAGCACAGUUGGAUGUGUAUGAUACAGCUUCAUUUGGAUGGGCAUAUUGGACACUGAAGAAUGAUAGGAAUCACUGGGAUUUGGAGUGGAACAUCAAGAACAAUUACUUACAGUUAGGUCAAAAAUCUUUACCAGCAAGGGGUUAUGGAUAUCUUGAUGCAGGUGGUUUGCCAAAUAAGCAGAUUCAAAGAUAUUUCUGGUUACUUGUAUCCUCCUGCAGUUAUUUCUACCUGUGGCAGAUAUUGUAAGAUCAUGCUAAAGCUUCCCCAUACAUGAGCACAUAAGUGCUCGAAAAUGUUGCAAUAGUAUCAUCGGCAGGCAUUUGUCACGGUCUCCAGUAUAGAUUCUUGUAAUUCAUGCUUACAUAUUUAUCAUAAUGCAAGAGCAAACGAACUUGAAGGGGGUUGAAAAUAUCCUCAUUUUCUAAAUUGAUAUUACUAUAGCACCUUCAAAUUAUUAUAGUACUAGUCACCUUAGUUAAAUAAAAGAAAAAAAAAAGUUAAUGUGCCACUUGAUAGGCCACUUGUUCUCUGGUGCCGAGUUAGAUGCACAAUAUAUUUUCCGCUCGAAGGUGAUCAGGGUAUGCAGGUAAGGACAUGCACCGUGACUCUUGGUAAUGCUACUCCUGAUGUUGGUGCUUGCAACAUGAGGAUUUACUGAAUUUAUUUGCUUCUUUUCAAAUGUUCAAUCCACAAUAAUGAGUGCACUGUAUGAUUGAUGCUUUUACGCAGGCAGGUUUGAUGAUAUCCGCAGAUGUAUAGGAAAAAGAUGAACCAUGGCUUACUAUUGCAUGCUAAUCAAUGUCCAAUGGAUUGUAUAGAAACGAAAAAUCUCUGGCAGUUUCAGUCCAAGAGUAAGAGAGCGGGAAAUGAUACACAUCGACAAAGGUUUUCAAUUUUAAACAGAAGCGUGUGCUGUGAUUCUGUUUCUUUGGUCAUCCCGUAUCGAAAUUGUAGUUGCAGGAAAUCCUACAACCACACCCCAAUGUAUCUAAACAAGC